GUUUUGUUCCAUGGAAGUUCUAUGGAGAAUGAGCUCGCUCCUCCAGCCGCGGGCGUAGCAUCGAUCCUCACAGAAGAGGCGCGCCGGGUGCUCGGCUCCGCGCAUCACAAUGCGGCGCUGGGACACACAGGGCCGGGUUUGGGUACGAUCUCGGGGAUUUUCGCCCCUGGAAGCUCCGUGGAGCUCAGGGAUCACGACCUCGCGGCUCCAUCCGCCAAUGCAGGCUGGGAUGCGUCUGGUAUCACCGACGAGGCGCGCGCGGCGAUCGGGAGUGCGCAUCACAACACGGCAUCCGGGAGCAUCGCUCCAAAUCUUGGGACGAUCGCGGGGAUUUGCGCUCCUGGAACGUUUAGAAACUCCAGGUUUAAGUUGCUAGGUCGGCCUAGACGCGUUCUUCGUGGGGACGACAGCACUGGCUCAGACGAAUCACUUGAGGCUGCCGAGAACCAACAGAAGCAAAACGACUUACAAGCAGAGAACCAGCAAAAACAAAGUGAGCUCCUCGCAGAGAUCCGUCACGACCAAGUCGAGGUGGUGGAGUCCCGGCAGCAAAGCGAAGUAGCAGUGAAUCAGCUAGUCCAGGUAGCUAAGAACCAGGAGGUCCACGUAGUGAACCAUCACCAAGUCGUAGUGACAGAAAACCAGCAAAUCCAAGUUUCAGAAAGCAAGCAAUUCCAGCAGAUUGAGAGCAAGCAAGGAAGCGUAGGAGGUGCCUCCAAGCUUCUAAACGGUUUCAGUGGUGUGAAGGAAGAGCUUCACAGCUUGCGGUCACAGCAGCAGGAAGUGAAAGUUGCCGAGGGUGCCAAUGUUCACGACAAAGUUGUCACAGAGAGCAAGGAGAGUGAUUCUUCUCGCGGCAAGACAAGAGAGAAUGCGAACUUUGUGUGGGUGAACAACAAGAGGUAUCAGAAGCUUGGCAAGAUCGGAAGCGGUGGAAGCAGUCACGUAUUCAAAGUCAUCGCCCAAGACUGCACGAUUUAUGGUCUCAAGAGGAUCAUCUUGAAAGGACGGGAUCAUCAGACAGCUUGCGGUUUUCAUCAGGAGAUCGAAUACUUGGAGCGUCUGAAAGGAAAGAAUCACAUUAUCCAACUUAUAGAUUACGAGGUGACCGAUAAAACCAUCUUCAGGUCCGAUAGUGCUGCUACCCAUGGUGAAAUCCUUAACGACGUGCGGAUUUACAUGGUGCUGGAGUACGGAGAGAUUGACUUGGCACGCAUUCUUGAGCGGAAGAAAAGCGAGGAUGGACAGCUUGAUGAGAAUUGGUUGCGGUUGCAUUGGGAGCAUAUCUUGAAAGCUGUGAAUACAAUACACGAAGAGCGGAUCGUCCAUGCCGACCUCAAGCCCGCGAACUUUCUCCUCGUCCAAGGAGCUCUCAAGCUUAUCGACUUUGGGAUCGCCAAAGCCAUACAAAACGACACAACCAACAUCGUGCGAGAGUCUCAGGUUGGGACUCUCAACUACAUGUCCCCGGAAGCGUUCCUCAUGAACUCGAGGGACGAGCAGGGAACCGUCAAGUGUGGUCGCGCGUCAGACAUAUGGUCGCUUGGAUGCAUCCUUUACCAGAUGGUUUACGGCCGGACACCAUUCUCCCACCUCAGCUUCUACCAGAAGAUCCGAGAGAUCACCAACGAGAACCAUGUAAUCAACUUCCCGCCGGUGUCCAACCCCCUCAUCGUGGACGUGAUGAAGAGCUGCCUUAUGUGGGACAAGGACAAGCGGCCGAGGAUACCCCAGCUCUUGGAGCACGCGUUCCUCAAGCCAAGGCCGCCGCCACCGUCAGACGACCACCAUUACCUCCGAGAGGCCCUCCUCGAGAGCUUCCAGGCCUACGUCUUGGCCAGGGGGAGCAUGGAGCUAACCGAGCUGAUACGAAAGGCCAUCAAGCCACCUCUGGACGGUGGCCACGAAAAGCUCGACGAGGUGUUGCUACCUUUUGCUCGAUUGUACGUGAAAAGAGUUGGGAAGGCUGCGCUAUGUGAGCUGCUAACAUCAGUCACUAUGUAAAUUACUUCUAGAACGAAGUGUUAAGAAAGAAAGCGAUGAUUUUUUUC